CCAGUCCAAACCCCCAGAAAAGCCCCGCUGAAUCCUCACACCGUCUGUCAGCAUGGGGAGCGCUUGUUUUUCCCGGGACGUUUGUUUGUUUAUCCUCCUCAUAAAUACUUGCGGGGUGAUGGGGAAUGCCGAACUCGCAGAUGUAGAUGAGUGCGCUGAUGGUUCGGACGACUGCCACAUUGAUGCCCUCUGCCAGAACACUGCCAAGUCCUACAACUGCAUCUGCAAGCCAGGAUACAAGGGAGAUGGAAAACAGUGUGAGGACAUGGACGAAUGUGAUAAUGACUACAAUGGGGGCUGUGUCCAUGAAUGCAUCAACAUACCGGGCAACUACAGGUGCAUGUGCUACGAUGGCUUCAUGCUGGCCCACGAUGGACACAACUGUCUGGAUGUGGAUGAGUGUCUGGACAACAACGGUGGAUGCCAGCAAGUGUGUGUUAACACCAUGGGGAGCUAUGAGUGUAUGUGCACAGAGGGCUUCUUCCUCAGUGACAACCAGCAUACCUGCAUCCACCGCUCUGAUGAUGGAAUGAACUGCAUGAACAAGGACCACGGCUGUGCCCACAUCUGCAGAGAGGCUCCAGGCAAAGGUGGAGUGUCGUGCGAAUGCCGUCCUGGCUUUGAGCUGGCCAAAAACCAGAAAGAUUGUACAUUGACGUGUAACUAUGGAAAUGGCGGUUGCCAGCACACAUGUGAGGACACAGACACAGGACCGGUGUGUGGCUGCCACCAGAAGUAUGCCCUGCACUCAGACAGCAAGACCUGCAUUGAGAAAGAUGAGGCUGCAAUUGAGAGCUCUGAGUUCAAUGCCACGUCAGUAGCUGAUGUGGACAAGCGGGUGAAACGGCGGCUACUUAUGGAGACCUGCGCUGUCAACAAUGGCGGUUGUGACAGGACAUGUAAAGACACAGCCACGGGGGUGCGUUGCAGCUGCCCUGUGGGAUUCACCCUGCAGCCUGAUGGUAAAACCUGCAAAGACAUCGAUGAAUGCCAGGAGAACAACGGAGGGUGUGAUCACUUCUGCCGAAACACAGUGGGCUCCUUUGAGUGCAGCUGCCAAAAAGGCCACAAACUGCUCACUGAUGAAAGGACAUGCCAAGACAUUGAUGAAUGCUCCUUUGAGAGAACCUGCGAUCACACAUGCAUCAACUACCCUGGUAGCUUUGAGUGCCUGUGCAACAAAGGAUACAUCCUGUAUGGUCUUACUCACUGUGGAGAUAUUGAUGAGUGCAGCAUCAACAAUGGCAGCUGUGAGCACGGAUGCAUAAACACACAGGGCAGCUAUGAGUGUGUGUGUCCACCGGGAGAGAAACUCCACUGGAACAAGAAAGACUGUACCGAGGGGGUGAAAUGUCUGCCCAAUGGAAAGCCAGCACCUCGAGCCCAGCUGACCUGCACCAAGAGCGGAGGAGCUGAGGUCUGCUCACUAUCCUGUCCCUCCAAUGCCCUCUUCCUCGCAGACUCAGAGAACAGCUAUACAUUAAGUUGUGGAGUGCCUGUCCAGCCUGGGAAAGCUCCUCAGAAGAGGAACGUCACCACUGCUUUACCCGCCUGUGCUGACACAUUGGCGCCACCCAUCAAGCAGAAGGCCAGGUUUAAGAUCAAAGAUGCCAAGUGUCACCUAAGGCCCCGCAACAAGGAGAAACACAGAGAUGUAUCCAAGCAGAAUCUGCAAGGAGGCCAGUUCCCCUGCACCGACGACUGCCAGGUAACUUUUGUCAACCUCAAGUGUGAUUCUUCUAAGAAGCGUCGGCGAGGACGCAAAUCUCCUUCAAAAGAGGUUUCACACAUUACGGCUGAGUUUGAGAUGGAGAUGAAGGAAGAAGACGCCUCAGAGUCAUGUAAUGUGGACUGUGUGCGGGAGAGAAUGAAGCAGAAGCUGCAGAGUGCCAUGCGGACACUCAGAAAGUCCAUUAAUAAACAACAGUUCUACAUCCAGUUCUCUGGGACAGAAUAUGAAGUGGCCCAGAAGCCGUCUAGGGUAGCAGAGGGUGCUGAAACCUGCAGCACAGGACAAGUCCUUAGAGAUGGAAAGUGUGUGAGCUGUGGUGCGGGCACGUUUUAUAGCGGGGAGCAGGAGCAGUGUGUCCAAUGUCCUCCUGGUACGUACCAGGACACAGUGGGACAACUUUCCUGUGAGCCAUGUCCCAGUACUGAAGGACAGGGCAUCAUUGGUGCCAAGAAUGUGUCCCAGUGUGGAGGUCAGUGUCCAGUCGGUCAGUUUUCUGAUGAUGGGUUCCGCCCAUGCCGGCCCUGUGCACUGGGCUUCUACCAGCCAGAACCUGGACGGGUUCUGUGCUUCCCCUGUGGAGGAGGGCUCAUGACCAAGUACGAAGGAUCCGUGUCCUUCAGGGACUGUGAGGCUAAAGUGCACUGUGCGCCAGGACAUUUCUACAACUCCAGUACCCACCGCUGCAUCCGCUGCCCAGCAGGCACCUACCAGUCAGAAUUUGGCCAGAACUACUGCAUCACCUGCCCAGGGAACACCACCACCGACUUUGAUGGCGCCACCAAUGUCUCCCACUGCAAAAACCAGCUGUGUGGCGGGGAGCUGGGAGAGUACACAGGCUACAUUGAGUCUCCAAACUAUCCUGGAGAUUACCCAUCCAAUGUAGACUGUGUGUGGACCAUAAACCCACCACACAAGAGACGGAUCCUCAUUGUGGUGCCAGAGAUCUUCCUCCCCAUUGAGGAUGAAUGCGGAGACGUGCUUGUCAUGAGGAAGAGUGCCCAUCCCACCUCCAUCACCACUUAUGAGACGUGUCAGACCUAUGAGCGACCCAUUGCCUUCACCUCUCGCUCCCGCAAGCUCUGGAUCCAGUUUAAGUCCAAUGAGGGGAACAGCGGCAAAGGCUUCCAAGUUCCAUAUGUCACCUAUGACGAAGACUACCAGCAGCUGAUAGAGGACAUAGUGCGAGACGGCAGGCUAUAUGCCUCUGAGAACCACCAGGAGAUUCUUAAGGAUAAGAAGCUGAUAAAAGCCUUAUUUGAUGUGCUGGCUCACCCCCAGAACUACUUCAAGUACACAGCAGCAGAGUCCAAAGAGAUGUUCCCUCGUUCUUUCAUCAAGCUGCUGCGCUCUAAAGUCACCAGGUUCCUACGACCAUACAAAUAGACAGGCCCCUCCACCGUCCCGUUAAUGAAUCCUGUCAUCCUGCGUCAUUCCAAAUCCAGCAAACUAACCUCCGCCCCCUAUCCACUUCCGCCCUGCCUCUGUCUAUUUGUUGAUGUAUGUUUGACAUUUCUAACUUGUAAUACAUCACUAACAGUGUAGCUUUCUGUACAAGGUUUGACCGAUAGAGGUUUUUGAAGGCCAGUAUUUAUAUUUUUAUACUGUAUAUUGUAUUGAUAUAUUCUUUCUUAAAUUUGGAAAUUUUGCACUGAACUGUUAAUUACCAUUAGUAUGCUAUUUCAGUAAGGGUUUAUCUGACAGUAGUAACUAUGGCAAUUUGCUCCUUUAGUAAAAUCAACUAGCAAUUGGCAAAUAUUUAAUUUCC